GCUCUUCACAGUUGGACAGCAGUAGGCUUUCCUCUGGCUCUGUCUCCAUGGGUCUGAACAGGGUUGAUUUUGUGCCGGUCCUCACGUGUGCUCUACUGCUGUUGGGUUUGGUCCAAGGAUGGAUGGAGAUCACCAACCCACAGGACCUGAGAGACAUUUUAGCCGGACGGUACUCCAUUGACAAAGUUGAGCUUGAUGUCCACCCGCAACUUCCCACUAAAUUUGAUGUUGAUGAGGAUGAUGAAGAUGAGGAAGAGGAGGAAUAUGGCGAAGAUCUUUAUGACAAUGGUGAAGACGAUGAAGACUUGGACUUUGAACUUUAUGAAGCUCAAAUUCCUGCUGCCCCAAAAUUAGGCUCUGACAAAGAGGACCCCACUGGAUUCCACUUUUCCUGCACAACAAAUGCAUUUGAGAUCUCCUUGCCUAAAAAGGAAAUGGAUGAAGUUAAAGUUAUUGGCUCAAAAGACUUGUUGAGUGUUCAAGACGCAGCAAUGUCUUGUGGUUACAGUUUGAACAGGGAACAGGGGACCUUGACUGUGCCUUUUACUGGGUGCUUUGUCAAAAUGGAGAAAACAGACUAUAGUCUACAGCUGCUUUUGGGUGAAGGGUCUAAAGUCCGAACUGCAACUUGUCCUGGACCCAAACCGGUUCAAAGUGGACCAUCUCCUCGGUCUGGACCUGAAGUGCGCUGUCCAUUCAGUACACCAGAUGAAGUACAUCCUAUAGAUCCGCUGCCAGCACCUUCUACAAAACUGAUCCAAAACUGUGCCUUCCCAACUGUCGAGCGUGUGCCAUGUGGUCCUUUAAGGAUUAGUAAACUACAAUGUAACUCCAUGGGCUGCUGUUGGGAUCAGGCGUCAUCGUCCUGCUUUUACCCAAUGGAUGAGUGCACAAACGACCACCACUUUGUGUUUUCCAUCCACCACGACACUACCUCAGUCCGCCUAAACCCCUCCAGCCUGUUCAUCCCUGGCACAAACUGUAAACCGGUCAUCCUCACGGACACAGUUGCUGUCUUCAAGUUCAAAUUCAACGAAUGUGGCACACGAGCUUUUACAGUUGGUGGGACCAAUAUUUAUCUUGCUGAAGUGCAAAAUGCUGUUGAGACUCUAAACCUAAAAUAUGGUGUGAUUUCAAGAAGUACUAAAUUGAGUUUCUUGAUUGAGUGCCGCUACAGCACCUCUGAUGGAACAGCUUUGGCCAGCACUGGAUACAUGGUGAUAACUCCCAUCUCCAAAGUGCCCCCUGUUAUUUCCUCUGGACUCUAUGGGGUUGAACUCAAAAUGGCAAAAGAUGGGACUUACUCCUCUUUUUACCCCACAUCCCAUCAGCCACUGCGUCUCCUACUUGGUAAGCCAGUCUAUCUCCAACUGAACUUACUGUCGCCAACUCCAAAAGCUGUCAUUCUCGUCAACUAUUGUAUCGCAUAUCCCCGGUCUGCAACCAAUGCUUUAGUGCUUGUUCAUGAAGGCUGUGCCAAUCCUUAUGAUCCAUACACUUCUGUCAUGCGAAACAGAGACUUUGGAAAGAAUGAAAGGCGGUUUGAGGUCAGAGCUUUUCAAUUCAUGGAACAAAACACAAACAAGUAUCUAGAUGAAGAGAUCUACUUCAUGUGCUCUACAGAAGUUUGCUUUCCAUUUGAAAAAACAUGCAAGGAACAAUGUUUUGAUGGAGUGGUGGGUUUCAACUUGAUAUAUGCAAUCAUUUCACCUACGUUUUUAUUUAUAUUUUUCUUCUGUUUCCACCUCCACAGGUGCCCUGAAUAG